UGCGCAUCCCACUUCCGAAUUCCUUCGGCUGAGAGGACCGUAGUUUCUUUGCUGCGGCCUCAGCCUACGAGCGACGGAAGGAAUGGUGAACGACCAAGCGCACAAGUGUUUGCAUCGGUGAACACAGGUAGUCUGGAGGACUGUGCGGACUUUAGUUUGCCACGAGGGGUAGGCGAGAAACGGAUUCUCCGAUUGGCUGCCGAGUCGCUGGGUCUACCAAUCGCAGCAGGGCUACCGAAGCGCGCAAUGCAAUUUGGCUCUCGGGUGGCCAAAAGCGAAAACCUGCAAAAAGUCCACGGCGCUGACAGGAACCUUGUCGAUGGAGAGUGA